UGCUUUUCUGACGGACACGUCUGCUGGCAAGGGACCAGGAUGUGACUGGCCUCUGCAGGGUUCAGACCAAGCAAGGCAAGAAUGCUGGCCUUGAACAUGAGUCAGGCGUCGUUGCAAAGAUCCCACUGUUCCUUGCCUGUUGGCGCACUCCAGCCGUGGGGCCUGGCCUUCACGGCAUCCCGGAAGAACUCCACUCUGGCUUCUACGAUCUUUCACCCCCUAUGGAAGGUCAAACACCUUGGUGGCCCAUGUGCCACGGGAUUCCACAGUUGCCUUGGAUCUUCGCCCAUUUGAAAAAGGGAUUCCCGUCGAGGUGCUCUUGAGAGGCGUGGAGUACCGCUACUGGCAAAUGAUGAAUGCCAUCAAUGGGGGUGGUGUUCUCGUUGGCCUUACCACAGUGUCCGUCACCCUGGACUUUAGCCUGCACAGCAGCCUGAUGGCCUGGCCACUGGGGCACAAUUUGACUUUGAAUCACAGUUUGCCAACGUCUGAUCCCCUGAACGCCUCCGUGGGGGCAGAUGUCUUUCGGAUGUCCAUCAGAGAGAAGAACUGGCCAGCGCUCCUCAUCCUGGUCAUCAUCCUACUGACCAUUGGAGGGAACAUUUUGGUUAUCAUGGCGGUCUCCUUGGAGAAGAAGCUCCAAAACGCCACCAACUACUUCCUGAUGUCCUUGGCGGUGGCGGACAUGUUGGUGGGCAUUCUCGUCAUGCCCGUCUCUCUCGUCACCAUUCUCUAUGAUUAUGCUUGGCCUUUGCCUAAACAAUUGUGUCCCAUCUGGAUUUCCCUAGAUGUGCUCUUUUCUACCGCCUCUAUCAUGCAUCUCUGCGCCAUCUCUCUCGACCGGUACGUGGCCAUCCGCAACCCCAUCGAGCACAGCCGGUUUAACUCUCGCACCAAGGCCAUCAUGAAGAUUGCUGCCGUCUGGACCAUCUCGAUAGGGAUCUCUCUGCCCAUCCCCGUCAUUGGCUUGCAGGACGACUCCCGGGUGUUUGUGAAUGGAAGUUGCGUCCUCAAUGACGAGAACUUUGUCCUCAUCGGCUCCUUUGUGGCAUUCUUCAUCCCCCUCAUCAUCAUGGUCUUCGCCUACUGCCUGACCAUCCAGGUACUGCAGAAGCAGGCGUCGGUGUUCCUGUACGGGGAGGCACCCAAGCAACGGCGGAGCAGCAUGAACUGCCUCAAGAAGGAGAACAACACGGAGAACCUCUCCAUGCUGCAGAACCACGAGGCGGCCUCCCACUUGAACUCUCCCGUCAACAAAGAAGCGGUGCUUUUCCGGAAAGGUACCAUGCAGUCCAUCAACAAUGAGAGGAGAGCUUCCAAGGUCUUGGGCAUCGUCUUCUUUCUGUUCCUCAUCAUGUGGUGCCCCUUUUUCAUCACCAACAUCAUGUCCGUCCUCUGCAAAGAAGCCUGCGACAAGGCACUCCUCGAAGAGCUGCUGGGCGUCUUCGUGUGGGUGGGUUACAUCUGCUCCGGGGUCAACCCCCUGGUGUACACACUCUUCAACAAAAUCUACCGCAGGGCUUUCUCUAACUACAUCCGCUGCCGCUACGACGGCGGCAAAAAGUCCGCGCAGCGGCACAGCCAGUGUCCGAAUGUCUCGUCGACGGCUCUGUGCGGGAAAGAUCUCAAUUUGAACAGUUACCGCAACGGCAAUGAACUCAACAGCAUGGAGCUCGACGAGACGGAGGACGCUUUGGAGAUGCGUGUAGGGACGUCUGAGCUCUCGAUCAAUAGCUGCAGCGGCGAGAAAACGAGUAGCGUGUAAAAGAACACGGGCACGGCCCACGCUCUGGGUAUCACUGUGGCGCGGCUGCAAGCAAACCAUGUAUGUGUUCGUCCAAGAAUGUUGUAAAUAAUGCAUUCUGAACAAAGCCGUCCUCUUUUUUUUUUUAAUUUAAACUUUCAUAUUUGUAGCUCACUGCUUUACAUCGUUCCUAAAACAGAAUCUGUAUUUACUGUGGAAAGCAAAGCAGGCAGGAGCCACGACCCCGGUAGGAACCAUGGUUACCAGGUCCAAAAUGACAUCCAUUAUUUUGCUUACGAAAUGUUGAUUUUUCUUUUCCUGGUGCAUGAACAAAAUUCUGACUAUUAAUCUCAGGUGGUAUUUUUUGAGUCCUCAAUGGUCCAUUAUGAGUAGUCACAUAUCAAAU